GAUGUCAUAAAAGCUCCUGUAGGUGUAAUGUGUAGGUGUCCCAAUACUUUUGUCCAUAUAGUGUGUGUAUAUAUGUAUAUAUUAUCUACGGAUCUAUGGGAAUCUAUGUCCCUGUGGGUUUGGAACAAUGAGGAUGACUAAAUAAUGACAAAGUUUUCAUUUUUGGGUGAACUCUCUCUUUAAAUAUGUAUAUCUGAAAUCUAAAUGAGAAAUGUGGUUCAAUUAUCAAAAUACAAAAUAAAUAACAAAAAAUAAAAUAAAAAAGCCAACAUUUCUCACAAUAAAUCAGCAAGACAUUAUUUAAGCACAGUCUUUAUUUAUAAAUAAUUCAGCUUUUGCAACAUCAUUUAACAAGUGUGGCUCUCCAAAUCUGCUCAUUGUGAAACAACUAUUGAAAUGCAAUUUUAUUGCAAAUAUUAUAUUUAUAUAUUAUUAAAUGCAAAUUUCAUGUAUGCAUACAUUUAUACAAUAAAUAAUAAUGGCAAUUUUAACAGCGCCAAACCCCAUCUACGUUCAGCUCACAACAGCGGCUGCCUCUCUGCAAAUGGCCGCCUUGUUUUGACGGCUUUCCCUGCAGACGGCAAGCAAACCCGCGCAUGCGCAUUAACCGGGUCCGAGUGCCCGAUACAAGAUGGCGGAGUCGGUGGGGAGGGAGAGGCGGAGGCGGGUCCGAACUGAAACGCAAAGACUAUUGAGGACUCCCAACAACCUUCUCCAAGAUAGAACAGAUGAGGAGCUAUGAUGAGUGAAAACCACGGAACAAUAAAGGCAGACUCGGCAUUGGUCAUGUCGCCCACUGGGUCCAAUUCGCAGUCUGCUCCCUUCUCGCCCUCUACCAGCAAACCCGUCCAAGAGCUGCCAGAUGAGUUGAUUCAGGCUGGAUGGUCAAAAUGUUGGAGUAAGAGGGAAAAUCGUCCGUAUUACUUCAACCGUUUCACCAACCAAUCGCUGUGGGAGGUGCCCGUCCUGGGACAACAUGAUGUCAUUUCGGACCCUUUGGGGUUGAACGCAGCUCCAGCCUCUGGUGAGGCGAUGGGUGAAGCGGGACUGGGCAAUGGCCAGCGUAAGAGACACCCGUCAGAAGAUGCAUCUCAAGGGGGCCCAAACAGUUUCAAGAGGCCAAAGGUUGAGAUUCCGGUCACUCCGACAACUCCUACGGUCCCUAUUUCUCCCAGUACACCAGGAGUCAAACCCUGGAUCUCCACCACAGAUGAUAAACAAGCCCAGCCCAGCGCACCUUCACCGGCUCCGUACCGGCCCUCUGUAGUGUACUGGGAUCUGGACAUUCAGACCAAUGCCGUGAUCCACGAGAGAGCCCCAGCAGAGCAUCUCCCUCCCCACCCUGAGAUUGAACUUCUGAGAGCUCAGCUCACCACCAAACUGCGGCAGCACUACCAUGAGUUGUGCUCUCAGCGGGAGGGUAUAGAGCCGCCGCGAGAAUCCUUCAACCGCUGGCUCUUAGAGAGGAAGGUGGUGGAUAAAGGGUGUGAUCCACUCUUGCCCAGCGAAUGCGACCCAGUCAUCUCUCCAUCCAUGUUCCGUGAGAUCAUGAACGACAUCCCCAUCAGGCUGUCCCGUAUCAAGUAUAAGGAAGAGGCCAGAAAACUCUUGUUCAGAUAUGCAGAGGCAGCAAAGAAAAUGAUAGACUCCAGAAACGCAACUCCUGAAAGUCGAAAGGUGGUCAAAUGGAACGUUGAGGACACCAUGAACUGGCUGAGACGAGACCACUCUGCCAGCAAAGAGGACUACAUGGAUCGACUCGAGCACUUACGGAAGCAGUGUGGCCCUCAUGUCACAGGCGUGGCGAAGGAUUCCGUUGAAGGCAUCUGUUCGAAGAUCCAUCACAUCUCUGCAGAAUAUGUACGCAGAAUCCACCAAGCUCACCUCACUCUACUUAAAGAGUGCAACAUCUCUGUGGAUGGCACAGAGACAACAGACGUUCAGGACCGGUUGGUGUAUUGUUAUCCAGUCAGACUGUCCGUCCCGUCCCCUCCUCAACCCCGUGUGGAGCUGCACUUCGAGAACGACAUGGCCUGUCUGCGAUAUAAAGGAGAAAUGGUUAAAGUCAACCGCGGUCAUUUCAACAAACUAGAGCUUCUUUAUCGAUAUAGCUGUAUUGAUGACCUAAGGUUCGAAAAGUUCCUGUCUCGUGUGUGGUGCCUUAUUAAAAGAUACCAGGUGAUGUUUGGUUCUGGUCUGAAUGAGGGGUCUGGUCUACAGGGGGCGCUGCCUGUUCCGGUUUUUGAGGCUCUCAAUAAACAGUUUGGAGUGACGUUCGAGUGCUUCGCAUCUCCUCUCAACUGCUAUUUCAAGCAGUUUUGCUCCGCUUUUCCAGAUAUUGACGGCUUCUUUGGAUCUCGAGGGCCGUUCCUCAGCUUCUCUCCAGCCAGUGGCUCAUUUGAGGCAAACCCUCCAUUCUGUGAGGAGCUCAUGGAUGCCAUGGUGACACACUUUGAGAAUCUUCUUGAACGCUCCAGCGAGCCUCUGUCCUUCAUCAUCUUCGUGCCAGAGUGGCGUGACCCCCCGACCCCAGCUCUGACGCGGAUGGAGGCCAGUCGCUUCCGCAGGCACCAGAUGAUCGUGCCGGCGUUUGAGCACGAGUACCGCAGUGGCUCGCAGCACCUCUGCAAAAGAGAAGAGAUGAACUACAAGGCCGUCCAUGGAACGGCAGUCAUUUUCCUGCAAAAUAACGCUGGCUUUGCCAAAUGGGAGCCCACAACGGAGAGAAUCCAAGAGAUCCUGUCAGCUUAUAAGGUCUCCGGGCAUUCUUUACCAUCACCCGGUCCUCCUUCCACCAGUGCCGGAGACAAAGACUCCAAUCCGGCCCAAGAAUGCUCCACUAGGAGUGAAGACAACAGCAGUCCUGUUGACAAGACUGCACCGGACACAACAAACGUUUAGACCGCGGCGCUGUGUGUGUGGCAAAGUGUACGUAUGUUCAUGGGAAAGAGACUAUGAUUGUAUAACAGGUAAAAUAUCAUGCUGUUGGCUUCAGAUUGGCACUGGGCAUAUACUGUAAAUGUUUCCAUGAGAAAUAGAUAGCUUCAUACAUGUUUACUUUCUUCCACCUCUAUUAUUUAAUGUGUUAGGUUUUUGACUUAUGUUAUCAUAAUUGUUGGGUUUUAUAUCAGUAUAUUGAUAGUCUGGUCAUUCUUUUGUUGUUGUCUUUUUAAGAGCUGGUAAUUGUAGCUAUACAUUCAUACAAUUAUAUACAUUUUUUUUUUAUUCUUGUUUUGACCUUUUUAGGGUGAAUCUCAUGGAAACAUCAUAAAUGACUUGUAUGCAUGAAACUUACUGAAAAUGAAUUUUCAGGGCCUUUUAAGAAUGUUUUCUUUUUUGACAAUUAAGCACAUUUCCCUUAAAUUCUUAUUAUUUUCCACUUUUUAACAGUGUAAUUAAACCGUUUGUCAUGUGAUUAUUAUUAGUUUAGUUUUUUUACUGUAUUACAGUAAAGUCGGCAUACAUUAAUGCAUAACUUAAAGGCAGUCUAACACUAUCAUACCAUUUUGUUUUAUUUCUUUUUAUAUAAAUGGAUUUAUGUAUAUAUAUUUUUUCAUUACAGUAGUGACUAAGUUAUCAAAAAUAACUUCUAUGCAUAAUACUGAUGUAUUGUUUAAAAUAAAUUUUUUAGGGCCUUUUAAUAAUGUUUUUUUUUUUUUUUUUUUUUUUUUUUUAAUUAAGCACAUUUCCCUGCAAAAUUCGUAUUACCAUAAUCUGGUCUGGACACGUUUUGUGAAGCGUUAACACGUUCGAGUCGACGCAUUUUUUUUUUUUUUUAAUUCCCGUUAUUUUCAAUGGUGAAUUAUUUUAUUUUAUUUUUAACUGUAUGACAGGUUAGCAUACAUUAAUGCUUGACUUAAAGUCAGUAUAACAAAUACUAUCAUGAUGUGUGUUUAUUUUUAUUAAUACUAUUUCUUUAAUUUUUCAAAUAUAUAUAUUUUGCAUUACAGUAGUGAAAAUACAAUGUUAUCAAAAAAAACUUGUAUACAUAAAACUUAUUGCUUAAAGGAAUUUUAAGACAUUUAAGAUUUUUUGCAUUGUUGCGUUAUUGUUUUUGAUAAGUUUCCCAUGAAAUUCUAUAUAAAAUUCUUUUUUUUCUUUUUCCUUUUUUCCAUUUUAUUUUUAUAAAUACAUUUUAAAUGAUGUGAUUUCUUCUUCUUCUUCUUAUUCUUCUUCUUCUUCUUAUUAUUAUUAUUUGCAUUGUAGUAAUGAGAAUUGAGGGAAUGUGCUUACUUGUCAUGAAUAUAAUGCCAAAAAAAAAAAAAAAAAAACAUUUCUUUAAGGUACAUUUUGUAUUUUUUCUUUCUAUUCUUUAAUUCACGAAAUAUGACCCAGACAUGUUUUCGACAGGUUUCAUGAGAUUCACCCUGUAACCUUGUGCUUUUGUCAUUGGCACACAUGAGUUUUAUUUUAGAUGAUUCAGUGUGAGGAGACGAUCAGCGAUCAGGCAGCUAUGUUUAAAAGCCUUUAGUAUGACAUGCAUUAGUAUUUAGGGCUUCUUGAAGCAUUAGUUGUUUCCUGUUUUACCCAUUUGUUUUUAGAGAAUGCCAUAAUGACCGCAGUGUUCAAGUUCAUGUUAGGUUUUUCUUUAUGACAAAAACUAUAUGAAAUAACAAAAAGGUCAUAAAACAAGCUGAAAAAAUAUUUAUAAUCUAGUUUCCACUUAGUCAUGCCGUAAAAGACAGUUAGUUUUUCAUUUCCAGAAUAUUGUACAGAACUCAAUAGAAAAUCUACAAUGGUUGAUCUGUAGGGAUUUUGUACCUUUAUUGCGUUCUUUUCUCUGUAUAUUAAAUGCCUGUGUAAACCUUUAAGUCAUACUGUGGCAUUUUGGGUCACUUCAGUUGUAGCGUUUAGGUCUAACGAGAGGAAAACGAAAACUUCUUAGUCAACUGAAUAUGUUUAGCUCAGUUACAGUUUGUUAUCGGUUCUAAAAGCGUUAUUUCAUCAUUGAUGUUUUAUUGAAUAAAUUAGCUCCUAAAAAUGGCGUACACCCCAUUAUUUUUUCUCCUGCUAGUCUACCUCUCAUUUUGGGUGUUUUACAAGUUGAGAGCAAAGACAGUUUUUAGAAUUGGGUGCUAUUGCCUUCAUUUCAUGGUUUAGGAUAUGUGAAAAGUGCUUAAAGUUGAGUUUUGGUGUUGUAUUGUAAUUAUACAAAUUUGUUUACAUUUGAGCGAGAUUAAAUUGUAUCACUGGGCAGCAUUUUGAAUGUACAUUUUAAAAAAGAAAAGCAGGUGUCAAACUAUUUCUGCUAAUCCUCGAGUUAUUGAUGGAUUUAUUGAAUUUGUUGCUACAAUUGGGCUUUAAAUGUUGCAGUUAGUUACACUACAAUGGUGGAUUUUUUGCCAUGCUAAUACGCAUGUAGAAAUUCAUUAUGUAUACUGUCACUUUAUUAAACCUUGUCACUUCUGUCUGUAUAUAAAUAUAGAUUUUAUUUUAUUUUUUCCACUUGACUACACAGUCUUCGAGCAAAGACUAUGAAAUAGCUUUUAUAUUAAGUUUAAAACCACCCAGUUCACCAUUUGAAAAAUCCAACUUUACUAUUCACUGAGCAUCGGACACUUGUUGGAUUUCUUAAUUGCAGAGUGUUUUCUGUCACCAGCAAAACUAUAGAUGUUGUACAGAACAUGGGUAUGAAGUUGUUUUCCUACACAGCUAUUGUGAGUUUAUUUGAAAAGAAAAAGAUAUCUUUUUCUCCAUGUUGUUUUUUUUUUUUUUUUUACAUUGAACUUUUUGGUUCUAAAUAACUGUUUAUGAAUGAUAGAAUUUAUGAAAUAGAAGUUGUUUUAAACUAAACCAAAGUGUUAUUAAUCUUGUAUCUUUAACUAGAAUUGUGUACGAUUGCAUCAGUAACACAUAAGGUGUAACCAGCAAAAACAUCCAUUUAUCCAUAAAUUUAUUUUUAUAAUUCUUUUUUGUUCUUUUUCUUACAGAAGUGUCUGGAUUAUUUUAUUUUGCAUGACCUGAUAUUUUUCAGUACAAAAAAUAUAUAUAAAUUGUACAGAUCUGUAAUUGUUUAGUUGUAAGCUUUGCCACACAUGGCUUUUAACCGAUUUGCAUUUAUCAGUCAUGUUGAUUGAUUUAUAUUUGGUUGCCAUUAUGAUUGUUGUUUCUUGUGUCCUCUAAAAUGCCAUGAAUGUCUCCCCUGUAAUCUUAUUCUGAUAAAGACAAAGAUUCAGUGAA